AUGUCGUACUAUGGUAUAUACACCAUGAUGUGCACUGUUUUGACCCCCAUAUAUAUUAUUCUCUUCCAGGGAUGGACAACCAGACAGUCCUGGCUGUCCAGUCUCUGUUGGAUGGCCAGGGAGGUGUCCCUGACCCAAACAGCCAGAACGUCUCAGGCUCAUCUACCAUUCAGUCAAUGGGUGUGUGCUUCUCUCCACUUCCCCUUUAUCAUCUUGAUCUGUGCAUGACUGCAUUUUGCAUUGUGUUGAUCAUAGAGAGGAACUACAUUAACACACAUCAAACAUGCAUUCUGCAUCUCCAUUUAUUGCCAUUGAAAUACUGAAGUGUUGAUAUAUACCCAAUUGUUCUCUACAGACGAUGAAGACGUCUUUCUUUGUGGGAAGUGCAAGAAACAGUUCAAUUCAUUGUCUGCCUUCAUGACCCACAAGAGAGAGCAGUGCCAGUCCAAUGCCCCCUCCCUGUCUACAGUAUCACUGGCAUCUAGUAACGCCUACACCCCUGUGCCCUCCAUUAGCUCUGUGCCACAGACCCCCGCCAACAGACAGGUGGGCACUGGCUUAUUACUUAUGGUUUUUAUUGUUAGCUAAGAUGUUUGUUAUUACUUAGUCUCUUCCCACAGUGGAGUGCCAUGAGUCUGGUAUGAGAAAAUAUUUAUUUAUCUGUACUUAGCUACUGUAUGGGCCAGUGAGUAGUACCAUAGCAUCCUCCAGAACAAUCAUUUGCUUACAUUGUAAAUGCUGGCUAAUGCAGUCUUCCUUUUUUCUUUGUUUUGCCAUCCACAUCAGGUAGCCACAUACAUCACAGUGCCUCCAUCUCCUCUUACUCAGACACUGGUCCAAGGCAAUGUUUUAGUGAGUGAUGAUGUUCUGAUGUCUGCCAUCUCCGCCUUCACGUCCAUUGACCAACCCAUGGCAGCUAUGCAGCCCCCUAUUCAGGUAAGUGGUUUUCAUUUAUUUCAGGUAAGUGGUUUUCAUUUAAUUAAGCUAUUCUUCUACCUGUAUUCACUCUAUAAAUCUUGUUUACUUUUCCUUCUCAGAGUAACCUGAGUAUGCACACAGGUGCAUCCUACCUCCAGCACCAUCAGCAGUCCUCCCACUCUCUCCCACCUGGACAGUCUCAGCCUCUGUCCUCCCAGGUGCUGUCCAGUAUCAGCAACUCAGUGGUCCAGGUCUACAGCACAAUGCCUCAAAUGUCUGUGAGUGGUAGUGCAGAGAUUCACACCCUGGGCUUGCAGCCGUUCCAAUCUGUACAGGUGAGCUUUUACUAAUGCAAUCUGUGAUUUGCACAGAAUGAGGAGGAUGACAGACUUGUUUAUUUACACGUCUGUACUCUGCAGUGUUUGGGCAACAUCCUAAAGAGUUUGGAUCGUUAGUUCACUAACACAAUACAUGUAUUAUUUAUGCCCCACAGGUCCCCAGUCAGUGUGUGGAGAGCCAGUCAUUCAACACUCCUCCAGUAUAUAGCCCUGGGAAGCAAGGCACCAAAACCAAAACCUGCAGCAUCACUGCAAACCUAACUGAGCUUGAGGAGUUUGACAAAGUGAUCAUUCCUAAACAACCCAGAAAUGGCAAGAAAUGCCAGGAUGGAGCAGCAGGUAUGAUUUUGAGAUACAAAUGUCAAUAUACAUAUACAGUGCAUUCGGAAAGUAUUCAGACCCCUUGACUUUUUCCACAUUUUGUUACGUUACAGCCUUAUUCUAAAAUGGAUUGAAUUGUUUUUUCCCCUCAUCAAUCUACACACAAUACCCCAUAAUGACAAAGCAAAAACAGGCGUUUUCAAAUUUUUUGAAAUGUAUUAUAAAUAAAAAACGAAGAUAUCACAUUUACGUAAGUAUUCAGAACCUUUACUCAGUACUUUGUUGAAGCACCUCUGGCAGUGAUUACAGCCUCGAGUCUUCUUGGGUAUGACGCUACAAGCUUGGCACACCUGUAUUUGGGGAGUUUCUCCCAUUCUUCUCUGCAGAUCCUCUCAAGCUCUGUCAGGUUGGAUGGGGAGCAUCGCUGCUCAGCUAUUUUCAGGUCUCUCCAGAGAUGUUCGUUCGGUUUCAAGUCCGGGCUCUGGCUGGGCCACUCAGGGACAUUCAGAGACUUGUCCCGAAGCCACUCCUGCGUUGUCUUGGCUGUGUGCUUAGAGUCGUUGUCCUGUUGGAAGGUGAACCUUCGCCCCCAGUCUGAGGUCCUGAGCACUCUGGAACAGGUUUUCAUCAAGGAUCUCUCUGUACUUUUCUCUGUUCAUAUUUCCCUUUUUCCUGACUAGUCUCCCAGUCCCUUCCGCUGAAAAACAUCCCCACGGCAUGAUGCUGCCACCACCAUGCUUCAUGGUGGGGGAUGCUUCGUGCCAGGUUUCCUCCAGACGUGACGCUUGGUAUUCAGGCCAAAGAGUUCAAUCUUGGUUUCAUCAGACCAGAGAAUCUUGUUUCUCAUGGUCUGAGAGUCCUUUCGGUGACUUUUGGCAAACUCCAAGUGGGCUGUCGUGCCUUUUACUGAGGAGUGGCUUCCAUCUGGCCACUCUACCAUAAAGGCUUGAUUGGUGGAGUGCAGCAGAUAUUGUUGUCCUUCUGGAAGGUUCUCCCAUCUUCACAGAGGAACUCUGGGGCUCUGUCAGAGAGAUCAUCGGGUUCUUGGUCACCUCCCUGACCAAGGCCCUUCUCCCCCGAUUGCUCAGUUUGGCCGGGCGACCAGCUCUAGGAAGAGUCUUAGUGGUUCCAAAUUUCUUCCAUUUAAGAAUGAUGGAGGCCACUGUGUUCUUGUAGACCUUCAAUGCUGCAGAAAUGUUUGGUACCCUUCCCCAGAUCUGUGCCUCAACACAAUCCUGUCUCGGAGCUCUACGGACAAUACCUUCAACUUCAUGGCUUGGUUUUUGCUCUGACAUGCACUGUCAGCUGUGGGGCCGUAUAUAAGGUAUUUCUGUUUUUUAUUUUUAAUACAUUUGCUAACAUUUUCUAAAAACCUGUUUUCGCUUUGUCAUUAUGGGGUAUUGUGUGUGAAAAAUAUAUUUAAUCCAUUUUAGAAUAAGGCUGUAACAAAAUGUGGAAAAAGUCAAGGGGUCUGAAUACUUUCCGAAUGCACUGUAGGUCUAUAUCCUAAGAAAUUAAUCUUUAUUAUUUAUAUUACAUGUUUCUCAUUAUUGGCUAAAUAAAAUAAUGUUGUCCAUUCUAUCCAUUGGCUUUUCAGCAGAACAAAUGAAAGUAAAGUCCCAGAAGCUGAAGUGCAAUUUCUGUGACAAAAUCUUCUCCAAAAACUUUGAUCUCCAGCAACAUAUCAGAAGGUGAGUUUCACAAAUCGAGUUCACCAAUCAGCUCAAACUUAAAAGCAAUAUCCAUAUGCAUUGAAUCUACCCAGCAUAAGAAUAUCACAUGUUUUACAUUAUAAUCUUGGAUGUCUCCAAAGUCAUACAGGGGAGAAGCCUUUCCAGUGCAUUGUAUGCGGCCGGGCCUUUGCCCAGAAGUCUAAUGUGAAGAAGCACAUGCAGACACACAAAGUGUGGCCCUCGGGCGUGGCCAGUACAGUAUCCAGGCUGCCCAUCACUGUCAAGGUGGUCCCACUGUGUGCAGAGGAGGUCAUGGAGCAACAGGAAGAACAGGAGGAACAACAACAACAACAUAAUGAGGAGGAGGAGGAGGAGGAAGAGGAGGAGCAGCCAGGUAAACAUCUCACUGUCGAAUCAUGAUAAUUUCUCUAUAGGCCACUGAGACCUUUUGAGGAUGACAUAGUGCUAAUACGUAAUGAUUACCAAAAUCCAAAGUCAAUGAAAUAUGUAGUAUUGUAUAAGGGCUUAAGUAUGUAUUAUAAAUGUAGAUUGUGUACUGAAUGUGUGUCCAGAAGCCCCAGGUGAGCCUGAGGAGAGAGACUGUGACUCCCAGACUGAUGUGGACAGCCUGGGUGAUGGUGACUGCAAGCAGAACGGCCAGCAGGCCCAGACCAAGCAGAUCAUCCUGAUCGACAGCUCCUACCAGUGCCAGUUCUGUGCCGGCAAGUUCAGCACCUACUUCCAGCUCAAAUCUCACAUGACCCAGCACAAGGGGGAGCAGGUGAGUCCACAUGAGGGAAGGAUCUACCCGGAUCAAUAAUGAAGCACUCAUGCACAAGCCUUAUUAUGCACAGCGGCAAUCAGUGCUAAUAUUAUUUGGCAAACUUUUUUUGUCCUCCGAUGCACAGGUAUUCAAAAAUGAAUCUCUUCAUAUCCCAGUCUGUUGUCCCCACUUGCUUCAAGAUGUCCACCAUUGUUCCUGUACCCAAGAAAGCGAAGGUAACUGAACUAAAUGACUAUCGCCCCGUAGCACUCACUUUUGUCAUCACAAGGUGCUUUGAGAGGCUACUUGAGGCCCGUAUCACGUCCACCUUACUUGACACCCUAGAGCAUAUUGCUCCAACAGAUUCACGGACGACACAAUUGCCAUUGCUCUGCCCUAUCCCACCUGGACAAGAUAAAUACUUAUGUAAGAAUGCUGUUCAUCGACUACAGCUCAGCCUUCAACACCAUAGUGCCCCUCCAAGCUCAUCACUAAGCUCGGGGCCCUGGGUCUGAACCCCUCCCUGUGCAACUGGGUCCUGGACUUCCUGACGGGCCGACCUUAAGUGGUGAAGGUAGGCAACAACACCUCCGCCACUCUGAUCCUCAACACGGGAGCCCCACCAGGUGUGCUUAGCCCCCUCUUGUACUCCCUGUUCACCCAUGACUGCGUGGUCAUGCACGUCUCCAACUCAAUCAUCAAGUUUGAUGACGACACAAUAGUGGUAGGCCUGAUUACCAACAACGAUGAGACAGCCUACAGGGAGGAGGUGAGAGCCCUGGCGGAGUGGUGCCAGGAAAAUAACCUCUCCCUCAAUGUCAACAAAACGAAGGAGCUGAUCGUACACUACAGGAGACAGCAGAGAGCGCAUGCUCCCAUCCACAUCGGCGGGCCGCAGUGGAGAGGGUCAAAAGCUUCAGGUUCCUUGGCGUGCUGACAACCUGAAAUGGUCUCUUCACACAGACAGCAUGGUGAAGAAUGCGCAACAACGCCUCUUCAACCUCAGGAGGCUAAAGAAAUUCGGGCUUGGCCCCUAAAACCAUCACAAACUUCUACAGAUGCACCAUUGAAGCAUCCUGUCGGGCUGUAUCACCGCCUGGUACGGCAACUGCACCGUCCGCAACCACAGGGCUCUCCAGAGGGUGGUGCGGUCAGCCCAACACAUCACCGAGGGAACACUGCCUGCCCUCCAGGACAUCUACAGCACCCGGUGUCACAGGAAGGCCAAGAAGAUCAUUAAGGACCUCAGCCACCCGAGCCACGGCCUGUUCACCUCACUACCAUCUAGAAGGUGGAGACAGUACAGGUUAAUCAAAGCUGGGACAGAGAGACUGAGAAACAGGUUUUAUCUCCAGGCCGUCAGACUGUUAAACAGUCACCACAAGCCGGCCUCCGCCCAGUACCCGGUACUCUAUGCUGCACCUUAGAGACUGCUGCCCUAUGUACAUAGUCAUGAACACUGGUCACUUUAAUAAUGUUUGCAUACUGUUUUACCGAGUGUAUAUACUGUAUUCUAGUCAUGGCUCAUCCUAUAUAACUUAUUAUUUAAAUUUUUCUGGAUUAUGUGUGUAUUGUUUUUUUAUUGCUAGGUAAUACUGCACUGUUGGAGCUUGAAACCUGCUAUUACAUCUGCAAAUCUGUGUACGCUACCAAUAAACUUUGAUUUGAUUUGUGUCAGAUGUCUCUCUUAGAAGCUCUUUUCUCACCACUCAUCCUUCUAAAGUUCCUUCCUGCUGUGUUUCAGGUAUAUAAGUGUGUGGUGAAGUCCUGUUCCCAGACGUUCCAGAAACUGGAUCUGUUCCUGGAGCACAUCCGGACGCACCAGGAGCAGCUCACCUACCGCUGCCACCUGUGUAGCAAGGUGUUCCCCUCGCUGUUUGAGCUGGGGGUGCACCAGUACUCCCACUGCUUCUGUCCCCAGCAGAACCCACGCAAGGAGUCCACUUUCUAUAGGUCAACUUCACCAUCUCCACUCUUCUAAUUAGGCCAUACUAAUGCUUACAAAGUUCAGUCAGUGGCUUUGGUUCAAACAUUUUUAUUUUCAGUGUGAUCACAACUCUGUUGUUUGACCCCAUGGUUAUGGUUUCACAAGUGUUUCUAUCACACUCAGGUGCAUGAAAUGCCAAAGCCGGUACGCCACGCAAGAGGCCUUGGAGCAGCAUUUAUUAACUGCCUCUCAUAACUUCCCCUGCCCACAUUGCCAAAAGGUAUGCUCUUGAAAAAAUGGUUGUCAUUCACUGCUAGGAUCUACUUUCCAAGCACAGUUACUCUAAAGGAUGCUUUUCAUUUUGGCAGGUUUUUCCUUGUGAGAGGUAUUUCCGGCGACACCUGCCCACACAUGGUAUUGGAGGGAGGUUCAAAUGUCAGAUAUGUAAAAAGUUCUUCAAAACCGAGCACUACCUCAAACUGCACACUCGUAUCCACUCAGGUGAGGCAUGCAGACACAUUACCCCAUGAUGCAAAUAACUUUCACUCGAUUCUUUCUGCUGUGCUUAUGGCAACACUGUAAUUCCAUUGCAGGAGAAAAGCCAUACAAAUGUUCUGUUUGUGAGGCCAUGUUCAACAGGAAGGACAAGGUGAAGAGGCACAUGCUCAUUCAUGAGCCCUUUAAGAAAUACAAAUGUCCAUUUAGGUAAGUGAGGCUUCUGUUGUCCUAACAGAUCAUAUGUGAAGCUAUUUGGAAAGCUGAGCCACAAAGGAUUCCAAUAGAAAGCUGGGGAUACCUUAGUCAAUGUAAGAGAAAGCUCUGCUUUUUUUAUUGGUGUAUUUAAGGCAUUGUUUUGUGCUUUCAGGACACAUGUUGGUUGCACUAAAGAGUUUAACAGACCAGACAAGCUGAAGGCACACAUAUUGUCUCAUUCUGGUGAGUGUUUCCUCUCUGUUGUAAAUGAUUAAGUCACAGCUGUAAACUUAAUAGACCUUGUUGCAGGUUUUGACAGCCAUUUUAAAGUUAGGGUUCAAAACAAUCGAGAGUCAUACCUUUUGUUUCUGUCAUCCCAAGGUAUCAAGCCCUAUAAAUGUGGGUACUGCCAGAAAGCUUUCAGCAGAAGAGCACACAUGCUGGAGCACCAACGCUCGCACACAGACAACUAUCGUUUCCGCUGUGCCACCUGCAACAAGGGCUUCACACGACAGAAGUACUACAGAGACCACAAGUGCCCCAUGGCAGGGGCUGCGGUGGAGAAGGAAGGGGCGGAGAAGAGAGUGAAGAGGCAGAGACACAGGACAGAGGGGAACCAGGAGGAGAUAGAACAGAGCAGGGAAGAGGUGGAUGAAAGGGAGGAAGAAGAGGAGAGGAUUGAGGACCCUCAGGCGGUGAAGUCAAUUGUUCCAGUUGAGGAUCAGUCAGAGGGAGGAGAGGCAGAGCAGGAGGAACACUUUGGAGAUUGCUGAGUGACACUGGCUGGUUACAGCAGAGCACCCAUGUUCAUAGCGACAAUGGAUUGAGGCCUGAGUUACAUUCAAGCAAAAUCUUGAUGAUAUUGUCCUGAGACUAUCUCUGCAUGUGGAAGGGAUUUGAAUCUCACUAUAUCCCUCCAAUUAAAGGGGUUUCUAUGUUUUAUAUUAAAACAUUGAAGCUUGGCACUUUUUCCUUUUAGUGAUGAUUGUUAUUCAGAACAGUGAGUUGCCUCAUCCAUGA